AAAUCAAUUUAUCGUAGCAGGAAUCGAGAGACCGAACUAUGAUUCUUUAGCAGCUAAUCCAGCGUAUAAUAAUUAAUCAGUUAACCACUGAUCAUUGAUUCCAAAUUCCACUUAACAUAUCCGAAAAUAAAACUCAAAAACACAUUACAGAAUAAACAAUCUUCUUCGAUUUCUCUCUCAAGUUCGAAAAAGGAAAAAGGAAAAAAAAAAUGCAGGGUUGGUUUUCGGGACAAAGCAGUAGCAGCGGCGACGAUCAGAUGCAAACGUCGUCGUCUUUGUUGGCCGAUUGGAACUCAUACGCCGCCUCUCAGGAAUCCUCCACUUUGAUGCCCUUUGAUAUUGAAUCCGCCGUUAGGUCCGCCAACGACACCGUUUCAGGAACCUUUAGCGUGGUUUCUAAAGGCGUGAGAGAUUUACCAGGAAACUUCCAGUCUGCCACUAGUAAUGUUCCUUCUGGCAAAUCGCUCGUGUACUUUGGUUUGUUUUUGGCAAGUGGGAUAUUCUUCAUUUUCAUAGCAUUUACAUUGUUCCUGCCCGUAAUGGUGGUUAUGCCCCAGAAGUUUGCUAUUUGCUUUACACUUGGAUGUGGAUUUAUUAUUGGAUCAUUCUUUGCUCUCAAGGGUCCAAAGAAUCAGCUUGCUCACAUGUUGUCGAAGGAGAGGCUUCCUUUCACAUUGGCUUUUAUAUGCAGUAUGAUUGGUACCAUAUAUGUAUCAAUGGUGCGCCAUAGCUAUGUUCUUUCUGUGAUGUUCUCCGUUAUACAGGUUCUGUCACUUGGAUACUAUGCUAUAUCAUAUUUUCCUGGUGGAUCUGCUGGAAUGAGAUUUCUGACUUCUGCUUUUACCUCUUCAAUAGUGAGAUGUUUUGGGAGGUGACACUGUUUUGGUUAAAUGGUAGUGAUUGAGUGAGUGAGGUGAAAGAUCAUUGUCUAUAUGGUUAGCUGACUUGUAAAUUUUGUCUCUUGAGAUCUAGAGGUUAAAGCUUUGAAGUUUAAACUGAACUAAGAAUACUGCUGAGAUGAAGCAUCAUCUAACAUUUUCCCUCUGAAUGGGGGAAAAAAAUUGAUUUUC